AUGGCCCCAUCCUUCGCCAACGGCACCUGCAACCCCUUUUACACCCCAGUCUCUAAACUAUGCACGCUGGGAAAUUACAUCUCCCUUUCUCAGCAUGCCAGACCACAUCCCGAUCCAUACCACCCCAACUUCCAACGCGCCUUCUAUUGCGGCGCCAAUUAUCCCUCACUGAUUCGUAUUAAGGCAAAAUAUGAUCCCCAAGACGUUCUCUAUGGUGGACGGACGGCUGUGCCGUGA